UGAUGCAAAAAUGAUUUCUGCUGUGUCACAAAUAUGCAAAUACAGAGAUGCAGAUAAUAUAUCUCUGGAACAGGGGAGGAGGGGGGCAGAAACAUGUUCAGACAUACCAGGACAGCUGGUUGAUUACAAUCUUUGGCUAUGCAUUUGAUUCUUUGUUUGAGUAAGUGAUGGGAUGAGUAAGAUAUAGCCUGCAGCAGACACACACCCUUCCAAGGAACAAAAGAUGGCCACCAAGAACAUGUAAACAUAUCAAACGUGAUUUCUGAUCCUUACUUCCUCUGGCUCAAGAAGAAUAAACCCUUAAAGUCAUCAAAGUGCAGAUGUGCAACAGUUUGCAUCAAUUGCAGUAAAUGUAGAGACCUGAGAGGCAUCAUAUUACAGCUUUGAGUCAGCACAGUGGACGGCAGCUCCAACUGUACAAUUAAGCCACUAGCUGCUGCUGACGUGGCGAGGAACAUGUCUGCCUCAAACUGGAGGCAUUCCCAAGCUUCUGUGUGGGCUGAGCCAACCCUGCCCUGCCUCUACAGCUUCACAUUCCAGCUACUACAGCUGCUUCUGGAGACAGACAGGAUGUGGAUGACAAAAGUUGUAGCUCUUUGUCUGCUGGCCCUCGUGGCCUCUGCAGAGGACAAGAAGCUGAGCAGCCAUGCCACCACGCUGGCUGACAACAGUGCUAACCUGGCUUUUAGCCUCUACCACAACAUGGCAAAGGAAAAGGACACUGAAAACAUCCUCAUCUCUCCUGUGGUUGUGGCCUCCUCUCUGGGAAUGGUUGCUCUUGGUGGAAAGGCCUCCACUGCCUCCCAGGUCAAAACUGUCCUCAAUGCUGACAAACUGAAGGAUGAGCAUCUGCAUGCUGGGCUGUCUGAGCUGCUCUCUGAGGUGAGCAAUGCCAAAACACGCAACACCACCUGGAAGAUCAACAACCGCCUCUAUGGCCCCAGCUCUGUCUCAUUUGCUGAUGAAUUUGUGAAAAACAGCAAGAAACACUACAACUAUGACCAUUCAAAAAUAAACUUCAGGGACAAGAGGAGCGCUGUGAACUCCAUCAAUGAAUGGGCAGCAAAGUCAACAGACGGAAAGCUGCCUGAGAUCACCAAAGACGUGCAGAACCCGGAUGGAGCCAUGAUUGUCAACGCCAUGUUCUUCAAGCCUCAUUGGGAUGAGAAGUUCCACGAUAAAAUGGUGGAUACCCGUGGUUUCCUAGUCACUCGCUCAUUCACUAUUGGAGUUCCCAUGAUGCAUCGUACAGGUCUGUAUGACUUCUACGAGGACACAGAGAACCGUAUCUUUCUGCUGAACAUGCCUCUGGGCCAGAAGCAGGCCUCCAUGAUCCUCAUCAUGCCCUACCACCUGGAGCCCCUGGAUCGCCUGGAGAAACUCCUGACCAGGAAGCAGGUGGACACUUGGCUCAGCAAGAUGGAGAACAGAGCUGUGGCCAUCUCUCUGCCUAAGAUCUCUGUGGAAGUCAGCCACAAUCUGCAGAAACACCUGGCUGAGCUCGGCUUGACUGAGGCCGUGGACAAAGCAAAGGCUGACCUGUCCAACAUCUCUGGAAAGAAGGACCUCUACCUCUCCAAUGUCUUCCACGCUUCGGCCCUGGAGCUGGACGUUGCGGGGAAUCCAUACGACACCAGCAUCUUUGGCACUGAGAAGCUGAGGAACCCCAAACUUUUCUAUGUAGACCACCCCUUCAUUUUCCUAGUGAAGGACAACAAGACCAACUCCAUCCUUUACAUCGGCAGAGUGGUUAGACCUAAAGGAGAUAAAAUGCGUGAUGAGCUAUAAUGUUAAUGUUGAGAAUUGUGUUGGGUAGCUAUGAAACUAUGUCAGGAUCCUGUGUGUGUGUACUUUUUGGUAUGACUUACCUCAUGAGCACAUUCCAAUAGACUGUCUGUGGACUGAAUAUCUGAGCUUACUAUUUUUGAAUUUUUAGAAACACUAAACCUUCCCAGGGAUCAAUUUUGUAUCUUCUCAGUCUCAGUCUUAGGCCCUUUUGUACUGAAUAAUGUACAAAUGUGUUCUUCAGUUGAGAUUUCCAUAAACAAACAGCAGUUGGCACAGCAGGCAACAUGCUUAUAUUAAGUAUGAUCUCUUUUUCUUUACAUUCUAUUUUUGCAGUGUUGGUGUAGUCAUAUUUCAUGUAUGUCUUCUUGCAUUAUCUUUAAUGUUUAAAGAAAAAAAGAUCUUUGCACAAGCUUCUUUUACCAUUCUGUCUCACUCUUUCCAUCAUUUUGCCUCCAGUCUGCACUGAAUUGUUCCUCUGCAAGAACUGGGUUUGCAGUGGAAAGGUGGCAAACGUCUGGUGCUUAAUUUAUGGUCACUUGCCAACCAUACUGCACCAUUUUGUUUCUGUAGGUAUUUUCCACAAAGAAGCUGUUGGAAUUGUGUGACAAUUUGUUAAUUUUUCAAUAAAAAAAAAAAAAAAUUGA